UAUAAAUGCAAGUGUAGCAUCUCUUCCUGAUGCUUCACAAAGCACAUGGUUUAAAGUGAAUCAGUCUCACUUAUUAAUCAUUUUUAUUUGGUACUAUAAAUUUACAUGAUGUGUUUACAAAGGCAGUGUGAUGUGUCCCUACGUUUAAAAGUGGACAGUCUGAAAUAAGUAAGCUAAGAUAGGGGACAAUAGUUCACUGAAGGUUGGGUGUAGAGAAAUUAUUGCUGAGACAAAGGUAGAAGUUAGUUUGGAAGCCUAGAGGGGUCUAAGGUAGAAGAUGGAAAACCAAAAAAGAAGAGAGAUUUACAUCAUUGCAUGGAGAAGUGCAAGGAACAAGAGGAGAGUUGGAGAAAACGAGCAAACAUGAUGGGGGGUGGCUUUGAAAAGCAGACAUGAUACACUGAAGGCCUUUGGAUAUAAACUUUGGCAGUAAGAUGGAAGCAUAAAUCUUGAGAUUUAGAACAGAACCAGAAAUGGCUCACGAAUACUGAAACAGGGACACAGAGGAGCCUCCAACACGUCUGUGUGAGCAGUGGCAAAGAGACAACUACCAUGGUAACACUAAUAACGGAAAAGCUGCAGAACCAGAGCUUGGACGAUCUGACAUGUAAAACAUACAAUAUUCACCUGUACUCAUCUGAGAAGCUGAACAAAAGUGGCAGCUUGUUCCCUUUCGAAAUCAAUGAAGAGAGCCCUUGGAAAGCUUUAAAUGGGGGUUGUCCAAUCCAAGCUGACGCGACCAAAAAUUCAGCUUACCCUUUCCCAGUGUGCCCAUUCAGUAGAGGCACAGCUAACAACGUGAGUCUGCAAUGGCAGCAGGAAUCUUCCAGCACAUCUAUGGUGUCAGGAUGGAUAAGUGAACUAAACCUUAAUGAAAACUCGGGGCAGCCAUUGGCGCCGCCUACCAAACGCCACUGUAGGUCACUCUCUGAGCCAGAUGAAUUGGCUCGUUGUCGGUCACCAUGGAAACCCGGCAGUUCAAAAGUUUGGACUCCUGUAUCAAAGAGACGAUGCAACAGCGGUGGCAGUGCCACCUUGCAACGCUGCAACAGUCAUGGGAGUGCAAACUUACAGAGAAGCACAAGUAUCAGCUUGCCACAAAAUGUUCUGUCCUUAAAUAACGUCUUCACUAUCACCAGCUUCAAUACUUCUCCAGUACCCCGACCUUCCUCUGCGAGCAGCGGCUUUGUGGACAGUAGUGAGGGAAGCACAAGUUCAAGUAUCCGUUGGAAUUCUGGAGGACCUUGUGACUUUAACCCUAGGCGUCGCCUCUCCCUCUCACAGGAGCACAUCACUGAGACAGGAAACCUCUUGCCUUCAGCCAACAGCACUCCCACCUCCACACCAGAGCUCAGCCGGCGUCAGGGCUUGCUGAGAUGCCGCUCACAGCCUUGUGUCCUGAAUGAAAAGAAAAGCCGGCUAAAGCGCAGACGGGAGGAGGAUGUACGGUGGAAUCGUCCAUCUUUAGACUUUUUUAAAAUGACACGGACUUUGACAACCUCCUGUUUUAAGCAGACAAGUCUUAACGGGGCACCACAUAUAAUUUGGAAGAAUGAGUUAGAGCUUGUCUACAUGGAGAAGUUAUUCCAUAAAAAGACUUUAAAAAAUUCGAAAAGUCUUUGCUCCCUUGAUUAUGAAGAAGAUGACGACGAUGACGACGACACACAAAUGAAGACAAUUGUGUCAUCCCCAUGUGAUUCACAUGACUUUAUGAACAUCACCACCCCUGGUUCCAGUCCAGUGAAAGAGCAACUGGAUGAAGUAAGGCAUCAUGGGCCAUGCCAAGUUGGCUUCAAUGUAAGGGAUUAUAAGAAGGCAGCUGCAGUGUGUGAAAGUGACGAGGACACAAGUGAUUGUGACAGCACUGAAGAGGGCAUCUUUCCGCUAGACUGCGGGGACUUGGAUCUAGAGCAGAUUGAAAACAACUGAGGCACAAAGUUGUAUACUAGAAUCAGAGUUGUUCUAAAUUAAAAUGAUUAGUGGAUUACCUUUGCAAUGCAUAAUCCAUGUCCCUGAAUCUCUGUAUUGCCUAUCUUGGGCCUGUGUUAGAAGAAAUGUUUCAGGUGGGGGGAAAAAAAGAACCAUUGUUACCUGUUUAUAGUCUAUUGAUCAGUAUAUAAACAACAGCAAAAGACAACUGGAGGUUAAAUGUUAUUUUGAACAUUAAGAAGUAACUUUGAUUACAAAUUUCCUAACAGAUAUUUUGCAUUUUUAUGGCUUUUACAGUUCUGGAGAAAGGAUCUCUAUUUUGAAAUGAAUUUUCAGAAGGGCAUUCUAUAAAACAAAAUCUGUCUACAGUGAUUCUGGUGCGGGUAUAUGUUCCAUUUGUUAAAGAGCUUAAUGUGAAAAGUGAGUUGCAUAAUUAAAUUGGUAACAAACCAUUGGAUAUCUGGAGAUCUGAACGCUUAAGUAUCUGGUUGACAACUGGUCCAAAAUACUUAACUGUCUCCUUAUACAGUGAGUGGUUAUAAAACUUCAUAACAUGUACAAAUGGUUUUUCAUACAUUCAAGACUUUUUGAGCAAAAUAUAGUAGUGACCUUAAAGGUUAACACUUUCCAUGAUUUUACUACUUGAAUUGUUUUCCAGCCAGAAGCAAUGCUAAUUUAGGUGGGAUGAAACUGCAAGUAGCUGCCCACCUUCUUGGUCAUUAUUAUGUUUUCUGUGGUUCAAAAGAAUGUACAAGAGCACUUGAACUUUUAAACAGGGACUUUGUAAUGAUCAAUUCCCCAGGAGGUGAUCCCUUCAGCAAUACUAGAAGGAAACUAGUCCUUGAAUUAAAUAAAAUGACAUUUUGCUUUGCA